AUGAAAUCGAUCGUGCUGCUAUCUUCCACCUUUCGUUCCCCAAUCUGCUCAAUACCCAGUUUGGUUGCUCGCACCACCUUCCAAAAGACUUGUCUAGACUACUUCAACCGUCGUCACCAAUCAAACAUGGCUAGCAUUGAAGCAUCUAAGCGUGCUGCUGCCACAGAAGCAGUGAAGAACCACUACCCCCUCAAUGCAAAAUGGGUCGGCAUUGGUAGCGGCACGACCAUUGUCUACGUCGUCGAAGCAAUCAAGAACCUGGGUACCGACACGAGUUUGACCAGGUUCGUUCCUACGGGCUAUCAAUCCAAACAACUCAUUACCAAGGCUGGUUUGACCCCUGUGGAAUUCGAUGCCAUCCCCGAAGGAGUCGUCCUCGACAUUGCAUUUGAUGGUGCUGACGAGGUGGAUGAUGAUCUAAACUGUAUCAAGGGUGGCGGUGCCUGUCUAUUCCAAGAGAAGAUAGUUGCCCUUCAAGCCAAGGAGUUUAUUUGCGUUGCUGAUUCCCGGAAACUCCAAAACCGCCUUUUAACAAACUGGGCGUAUAUUCCCAUCGAGGUUGCGCCGAUCGCCGCACACCGUGUUGUUCGGAAACUUAAAGAAAUGGGAAGCAAAAACCCAGCGAUCCGCCUCAACACAGUGGCAAAGGAAGGACCGCUCAAGACAGAUCAGGGCUUCUUCAUCGUUGACGCGCCAUUUCCUCCGCUGUUGACUCCAUCAGACGUACAAGCUGGCAAAGACGGCAGUGGGAAAGCUGGGGUUUGGGAAGUAUCGACUUUGGCAAACAAGAUCAAGGCCAUUCCUGGGGUGCUUGAAGUUGGCAUCUUCCACGGAAUCACGGGUCCUCAGGCUCAAGAAGCCGGGGCUGUUGGUGGACAGAAGCCAUUCGCUGCAUACUUUGGUCUACCAGAUGGCUCGGUGACCGUGAGACGUGCUAUUCACUAA